AUGUUGAGUAUGAUUAAACAAGCUGGUACACCCAGCGAUUCAAGAAGAGGUCAAGCCUUAUUACUCAAUAUUUCAGCAGGUAAGGGUUUACAAAGUGUAUUAAAGAGUAAUCUUGGUCCACGUGGUACCCUUAAAAUGUUAGUUAGUGGUGGUGGUGAUAUUAAAUUAACUAAAGACGGAAAAGUUUUAUUACACGAAAUGCAAAUCCAACAUCCAACAGCAGCAUUAAUUGCACGUACAGCUACAGCUCAAGAUGAUAUUACUGGUGAUGGUACAACUACAAAUGUUAUCACUAUUGGUGAAUUAUUAAAACAAUCAGAACGUUAUCUUUCAGAAAAUAUUCAUCCAAGAAUUAUUGCAGAAGGUUUCGAAUUAGCAAAAGAACGUGUCCUCAAAUUUUUAGACGAAUUUAAAAAAGAAGAAGACACCUUAGAUAGAGAAUUAUUAAUGUCAAUUGCAAGAACCUCAUUAAGAACUAAACUCACUGCAGAAUUAGCUGAUCAAUUAACUGAACAAGUUGUAGAUGCACUUUUAUUAAUUCACAGAGAAGAUAAACCACUCGAUUUAUUCAUGGUCGAAACAAUGACAAUGCAACACAGAACUGAUGGUCAAUCACAAUUAAUUAAAGGUUUGGUUUUAGAUCAUGGUGCUCGUCACCCAGAUAUGCCAAAGAGAUUAACAAACUGUUUUGUUUUAACUUGCAAUGUUUCAUUGGAAUAUGAAAAAACCGAAGUCAAUGCAAACUUUUUAUAUAAAGAUCAUCAAACUAGAUCAAGAAUGAUUGAUGGUGAACACAAAUUAGUUGCACAAAAAUGCAGACAAAUUAUUGAAUUAAAGAACCACGUUUGCAAUACACCAGAUAAGAACUUUGUUGUUAUUAAUCAAAAAGGUAUUGAUCCAAUUUGUUUAGAUAUGUUUGCUAAAGCAGGUAUUUUUGCAGUUCGUCGUGCCAAACGUAGAAAUAUGGAACGUCUUACAUUAGCAUGUGGUGGUACAGCUAUGAACUCACUCGAAGAUUUAACACCAGAUUGUCUUGGUCACGCCGAUUUAGUUUACGAACAUACUCUUGGUGAAGAAAAAUAUACUUUUGUCGAAGGUGUUCAAAAUCCAUUCUCAUGUACAAUUUUAAUUAAAGGUCCAAACAAACAUACAAUCGAACAAAUUAAAGAUGCCCUCCGUGAUGGUCUCCGUGCAGCCAAAAAUACAAUUGAAGAUAAAUGUGUUAUCCCAGGUGGUGGUGCUUUCCAAAUUGCAGCAUAUGCCGAUUUAAUGAAAUUCAAAGAAACUGUUACAGGUCGUACUAAAUUAGGUAUCCAAGCUUUUGCUGAUGCUCUUUUAGUUGUUCCAAAAACUUUAGCCGAAAACUCAGGUUUCGAUCCAAUGGAUACCAUUAUCAAACUUCAAGAAGAAUAUGCCAAAGGUCACAUUGUUGGUCUCGAUGUCAUUUCAGGUGAACCAAUGGACCCAUUCAACGAAGGUAUUUUCGAUCAAUACUCUGUAUUAAAACAAGUUUAUAGAUCUUCACCAAUUAUUGCUUCACAACUCCUUCUUAUUGAUGAAAUUAUUAAAGCUGGUAAAGGUAUGAAAGGUUCAUCUGUUCCAGAAGGUCCAGAAUAA